AUGGAGCCUAACACUUCUACCUAUAUCCUUAGUCGCUCGACACUUCCAGAGACUCUCGAUGACCUCUGUGUACGAUUCAUUCUCAACAUCCCGGAGGAGGAGCUGAACUCAAUCGAGCGAUUAUCCUUCCAGAUCGAAGCCGCGCAAUGGUACUACGAGGACUUCCUCCGGGACAUCAACCCGGCCCUGCCAACGCUCAACCUCCGUAACUUCAUCUCAAAGAUCUUUGCCGUGCUGCCCCUCCCCGUUAUCGCCGGCCUCCCCGCCGGCGGCGCGGAAAGUGCAUUCAUCAACUUCAUGUCCUACAAGACGCGGGUGCCUGUGCGAGGGGCCAUCAUCCUCAACCCGACAAUGGACAAGCUUCUGCUUGUGAAGGGCUACAAGAAGGGCGCGAGCUGGAGCUACCCAAGGGGCAAGAUCAACAAGGAUGAAGACGACAUGGUCUGCGCAAUCAGAGAGGUUUUUGAAGAGACCGGGUUCGACUGCGAGGGCUUGGCGAAGGAGGAGGACUAUGUAGAGAUUGUGAUGAGGGACCAGAAUCUGAGGCUAUAUAUCGUACCUGGCGUUUCGGAGGAAACGGUGUUCGAGUGCCAGACAAGAAAGGAGAUUAGUGAUAUCAAAUGGCAUCGCCUUACCGAUCUCCCCGCGUAUUCCAAGAAGAAGAAUGGGCCGCCGCCGCAGAACGAGGUGCGGACUGGGAAAUACUACAUGGUGGCCCCGUUCCUCAAGGACCUGCGGAAAUGGAUCUCUACAAAGGGCAAGAAGUGGCUACAAGAGCAGCAUCAGCAGAGCCUUGCGGCGGCAGCAAAUAGGAUAGCUGAUGAGACUGAGGUUGAGGAGGAGACUGCAACUCCAAUGCCAGAUCCAUCAGCUCAGUUACGGAAUUUCAUUGGUAUUCCACCGCCGCCGCAGAACGAUGCAGCUAUGGCCAAUGGGUAUUCAAGCACCGAUGAAGCUUCAAUGAGGCUCAAAAAUAUGUUUUUCGGAUCCUCGAGUAAUCAGCAGGAGGGACAACAAGUACACCAGUCCGCGAGGUUGAUGAACAUGCUGGGCGCUGGGCCUUCUCCGAACCAGCAGUCGGGCGUCUCUCUGAACGUAGAGCAACUCGAGCCAAACCCACUCGCGUUACUUUCAAUACUCAAAAAUGGAUCUGGCGAACCCGUAACUCCGCGCGUCCCGCCCCAAGGAAGUGGUCAGCGGUUGGCAUCUCCUCAGCGCGCAACACCGGCCGUCCAGAACUAUGUUAAUUCGCCGCAAUCGCAGAAAUCAACGCCUAUAAAGAAGGCGCUGAGCUCUGCUAACAGUGGUAUCAUCGGGUCAAAUACUGGGUGGCCUGAGUUUCCGCGAAACGUGCCAGAUUCAACUACUCAAUUGCCUUCAUCGCCACCGCCAAUGUCUAAUCAUCCAUCCGCUCGGUAUAAUCAGAAUUAUCAAAAUCAGCCAAGCUAUCAGAAUCAACCAGGACAUCAGGGCCAACCAGGGUUUCAAAGUCAACCAAGCUAUCAGAAUCAUCAAAACUAUCAAAGUCAUCAGAACCAUCAAAAUCACCAGAGCCAUCAGAACCAUCAGGCUCAACAUCAUGUUCGUGUAAACUACGCACUGCCGCCGCAGCCGCAGCCAUAUGCAUUCUCACCUGUAAAUCAGAACGGGUACAGGCCGCCCAUGGUGCCUACACCUGCAGUGGAGACAAAUAUUCCUCUACCCUCGAUCCCGGGAGAACAAGCAGGUACCCUAUUGUCUAUUCUAACAGGAGCGACACCAGCACCACAACAACCACCUGCACAGGCCCCACCUCCACUAGCACCACGGGCUGCUGCAUCCCCGAAGGUAGAAGUUAGGGCCUCGCCUGCCGCUCCCUACGAACAGCCAGUUGCGAGGCCGCAGGCAACUCCUAGGACCCCAAAGUUAGCACACACCGCGCAGCAAGCUGCUCUUCUUGCCACCCUCCGCGGUGACAGCCCUCGCGCCGCUAGCGUCGCCUCAGGGCAGGCUUUUGCCCCCCCGCCGCAAGUUAUACACGCGCCGAUAUCCCGCUCAUCCACCGUGGGACCACAGGCCCAGCACCGCGCAUCCCCCGGCGUUAUAAGGCAAACAUCUCAGUACGCUCCACCACCGAGCAACGUUGAUCGCAGGGACAGCUUCAGUAGCCAGCAGCAAACCCUCCUUGCCAUGUUCACCGGCGGCGUCUCGCCGGCUCCAGAGUCAGCGCUUCCCAACCCCGAGCAGGCCUAUUCCAACCCCAACCCCAACCCCAACCCUGCUAGCGGCGGGAGGAGCCGCAGCGCCAGCAGAGGCCGCGUCGCCAGAAAGGAAAAGAGCGAGCCGCUAAAGAGCCCGCUUGGCAAUGAGAGACAGGGGUUGAUGGCGUAUCUUGAGGGCGUGGCCAAGAUGGGCGGACAGUAA